CCGGAAGCGAGCCGCCGGACGUGGCGUCACAGAGCAGGCGCAGCCGGCGUCCCGGAAGGCCCCGGCCGGCGGGCCUCUCAGCCGCAGGCGGGGCGUCCCGAAAGCAGCCGGCGGCCUGAGCGGACGCUGCGGGGUCCGGCGAGCUCUCCCUCCAGCUUUGCUAUCUGGCAGAUUUUCUUCAGUAAGAGGUGGCUCUAGAAUCCCCCAGAAACGUGUGGUCUUUUAUUGCGAGGCAUGAUGGCUGCAAAAGUGGUUCCCAUAUCCCCAAAGCCAAAGCAGUCCUUUAUACUGAGAGUUCCUCCAGACUCCAAGCUGGGUCAAGACCUCGUUCGAGAUGCCACUAGUGGGCCCAAGACCAUCCACCAGCUGGUGCUGGAGCACUUCCUUACCUUCUUGCCCAAGCCAAGCCUGGUCCAGCCCAGUGAGAAAGUCAAGGAGACCUUGGUUAUUAUGAAGGAUGUGAGUUCAAGCCUUCAGAACAGAGUGCAACCUCGUCCCUUAGUGAAGCUUCUGCCCAGAGAAGGAGUCCAGCAGAAACAGGAGACAGUGUCUCUGUGUUUUAAAGCUGACUCUGAGGAGCUUGUGGUCUUUGAGGAUUUGAAUGUAUUUCAUUCCCAAGAGGAAUGUGUGAGCAUGGAUCCUGCUCAACAGCCCGCAUCAGACAAGGACAGUGAUGUUGGAGAGAUGACAUUACUGGCCAAUGACAAUAGUCCUACAGGUGAAGAUCUUCAGAAGGGGAAUUGUAGAGAAAAGUCUUUAGAUGGUGAUGGAGUGGACUGUUCCUUGAUCUCUGAGCAGCUUCCAGGUAGCCAAGAAGAAAGGCUAAAUACACCCAUUCCACAGCAAAUGAAAAUGAGAAAUCUUCUAGUUACCAUUGAAAAUGACACUCCACUAGAGGAGCUCUCGAAAUUCGUGGACAUCAAUGUUAUUGCACUUACUAGGAGUCGGAGAACAAGGAGAUGGUACACUUGUCCACUGUGUGGGAAACAGUUUAAUGAAAGCUCUUACCUUAUUUCCCACCAGAGGACUCACACUGGCGAGAAACCCUAUGACUGUAGCCAUUGUGGGAAAAGCUUCAAUCAUAAAACAAACCUCAAUAAACAUGAGCGAAUCCACACAGGAGAGAAGCCUUAUUCAUGUUCUCAGUGUGGGAAAAACUUUCGCCAGAAUUCUCAUCGGAGUCGCCAUGAAGGAAUCCAUGUAAGGGAGAAGGUAUUUAAGUGUCCAGAAUGUGGGAAAACCUUCCCAAAGAACGAAGAAUUUGUUCUUCACCUGCAGAGUCAUGAGGCCGAGAGGCCAUACAGUUGCAAAAAAUGUGGAAGAAGAUUUGGUCGACUGUCAAACUGUACCCGACAUGAGAGAACACACUCAGCAUGUAAGACUCGAAAGCAGAAAUGAGAUUGGGAACCAUCCUUCCUUAGCCUGAGAAUGCUUCACAAGGCUGCCUAAAAACACAGAUAUGUGAAAACUUCAUGAUAGCCAAAUUUGGAUAAAUACCCAUCUUGGCUAACCCUCAGUUGUUAGAAAAUUCACAGGGAGGGAAAUAUCCUCAAGGGCUAUACCUCAGCAUCCAAGCUUUCUGGACUAAGAAGCUUUCUUUGUGAAGUUGUACAACAAUAUGUAGAUCACAGAUCUGUUUCCCAAGAAUUUAAAUAUGAAUGAGUGUGGGGCUGUUUACCUGCAAGGUGAGCAGGACGAAUCACAUCUAUUGAAAUAGAUCCAUUUUCCCUCGCAUGGGAAUUCACACUUGAGGAAAGAGAACGCAAAAGUCUGUAUCUGGAACUGGUCCUCUGGAAAGAACCAAACUACUGAUUUGUUAAGUCAACAACUUCUAAUAACAGUUGUAUAACUCUCGCAGAACAUCCUGAUAAGACUUGAGUGUUGAAUUGUUUACUCUUUGAUACAAAAAAACUAGAGCAUUUGAUUAUCAAAGACUUACCUUCAUUUAUAAGUGAUCUAAAAUAAUUAUUAAUAAUUUCAAUAAUAUUUGUAAUUUGUGGCUAAAAUGGACUAUUUUAUAGAAAUCCUUUUCACAGCAUAAUUUCAAGGUCUCUACCAUUCUUUCUGUAGUCUCUCCAGCUGUUAAUCUCAGACAUCUGUCUCAUGCCUCUCCCUUGCCAAAAGAGGUUUGGAUCACUCAGGUCUGACCAUCUAGGCCCACUGCUGGCUAGGAAAGCUCUUUAGCAUCUUGUCCCUUUGCUAUCCAAGAUCUUAACUGCUAGGAAGGAAAACCUGGAACCUAAAGAAAAGGGACACCUGUGGACAGGAAAAGGUUGACUUGGAUCCAUGGCUAGGCAUAACCUCACUUAGUCUUAAUUCUCCUUUACAGUCAACAGACCUUUGGCAACUGAAUGGUCACUACCUCACAAGGCAGAGUAUUUAGAGACUACCUCUAGUGGUUAGCUCCAUUUUCCCUCAAGAAACGGGAUUCCAUGUCUUGUAGUGAAUUGUCGUCCUUCCUCCUGAUACCCAGACCUCCUGUGCUGUCUGCCUGGAGUCAAGACCGGUGGUGCCUUAAUAUAGGACUCAUCCUAUGGUGUGAUUUGGGAUUCUUGGUCAGUUUUGUUGUUUUUGUCUCCCAAAGUUUUAUAUUGGUUAUUUUGUUUGGAAUGGGUUCAUCCUAUAAGCCAUUUGGGAAGAUUUAUUUGUUUCACACCCAGAAACACCUUCUUCCUUUGUUACCAUAUUCUUUUCAUGGAAAUUCUACACAAUUCUGUCAUUGUAGUUUUUUUCCAUUUUUCAAAUUGGUUAUUGCUCUUAUAUAGGAAAGUUUUUAAAAAAUUAUUUGUGUACCACCUCACCGAAUGGUACAGUUCUGUUCGUGGUAAAGGUUUACCAUCUACAAAUAAUAGUUUGUUCCUUUCUGCCUGUUGGAAAUUUUUUGUUUCUGUUUUAUUUUUUUAACAUGAUUCUAAGGUUUGUUGGUACAAAGUGUUCUGACAAAAGGAAACUUCAUGAUUCAGUUCAUUCUGGGAAAUCACAGUUUCAAAACAAAACAAAAAAUCCCUAAACACUUAAAAACAAAAACUGCCCUUUAAUAACUUCCUAUUUCAAGUCAACAGUACCCUUUAAAAGAAGGGACGAAACUGGCUACUCAUAGGUCCUGGUGAUUCUUUG